AUGGUCAGCAUGUUGCUGCCGACCCUGGAAUUGCUACUUCUGACGAUCUGUUCGUUUGGUGAACGACCGUACUGGGAUUGGACGAACCAGAAAGUGAUCAGCGAAAUAACACUGGGAUAUCGUUUACCAGCACCAAUGGAUACACCAGAUUCGUUACAUACCCUCAUGCUACAGUGUUGGCACAUUGAACGCCAUAAAAGGCCAACUUUCGGGCAAAUCCUGGAAAUUCUAGAAGAGUAUGUCCGGCAUCCAGCACUGAUCUGCGGUAGUGGCAUAGGCUUAGCCGAGUGCGUUAAUGCUUCUUCUGUCUAG